ACCUACUCCACAGACACCGCCCUCCCCGAGCAAACAAUCUUCAUGCCCGCAACCGUCCCCUCCACCCUCAAACUCCCCGUCAUCCUCUGGGGCGUCGGCGGCUGUUCCGACACCGGGACAUCCAUCGCCCCCUUCCACGAAGGCCUCGCCUCACACGGCUUCAUGGUAAUCGCCAACAACGGCCCCACCACCCGCACGCAAACCACAGCCGCAUCCCUCACCGCCGCCGUGGACUUCGUCUACAAAGUCGCCGGCACACCAGGGAGGUAUGCUAAAACCCGCAUGGUGGUCAGCGGCUGGAGUUGCGGCGGGCUGGAGGCGUAUGUUGUGGCGAACGAUACGCGGUUUAGUACCGUGGGCAUCUUUAGUAGUGGGGAGUUUGCUGCUGCGGAUAGUUUGGCGGUGGCAGGUAAGAUUGAUAAGCCGAUUUUUUAUUUUCUGGGGGGCAGUUCGGAUAUUGCUUAUGCGAAUGGUGAACGUGAUUAUAGUGAUUUGCCAAAGUCGACACCAGCGUGGUUGGGGAAUGAUGGGAAGGGACACGUUCAUCAAUUUACGGCGCCGGAUGGGGGGAUGAUUGGGGAUGCGGCGGUGCAUUGGGCGUAG